CACCAUGAUAACAAUCCAAGGGGUUAGAAGCCGGUACACACGAUGCAACACCAGUCGGGACGCGAUGCCGAUGGGGAGGUGUGGAUUGGAGGCCCUAUUCGGGCGUCACUGGGAAAAAAGAAAAUAUCAUGAGAAAAUAUGCACAUAUAAUAGAGAACCAAAAGUAGGAAAGGAGAAAAAAGGGUUUUUCAGUUGUUCCAAUGUUCAAAUGAUAUCGGCUGUGAGAAUGAAGGGGGUGAAGAAUAGCCACCCCGGUGUGCACUUCUCAAGUGAUAGCAAAAACGAAUCAAAUUUGUACUUAAACAAUUAUGCCAAAAUAAAAAAAUACAUCAACAGCAUCGAUAACGAAGAAUCAGUCAUUAUGACCAUUUUGAAGGAGAAAACGUAUGACUGUAUACAGAAGACGAGAGAAAAAUUAAAAGCAAUUAUACACACGUACCCAAAUACGCCCAUCUCGAUUUGUACCCCAAAUAAUGUUAUUGGGGGACUGAGGAACACCAUUACGUUAAUCACCGAUACGUCUAUUUUGGAAAAAAGGAAAGGAAUUUUAUUUAGAGGGAGAACUGUAGAUAAAAUUUUAAAAGACUUUCCAAAAUGGGAUGAAAACUGUGAAUACCCCAUGGCAGAAGCUAUGCUUUGGUAUUUAUUAACCAAAGAAAUACCAGCAGCUGAUGACUUGAAGCUUUUCUCAAGGGAGUUAUAUUGUAGGGCUAAAAAAAUGCCAUCAUUCGUCUUCGAAUUUAUAGAUAGCAUUCCUACAUUUACACAUCCAAUGAGUCAGCUCGUGUCUACCGUUUCGUUCCUCGAAUCUUUGUCCUUAUUUAAGAUAAAAUAUUCUGAGGGAAUAUUAAAAAAGGAUUACUGGAAAUACAUUUUGGAAGACGCUGUUUCUUUAAUUGCCCAAA